AUGGCUGAUAACAACGGGCAGCACUAUCAAUACUCUGUUACAAACAACACUCGGGCGGCAAAUGCAGCUAGACCAGCUCCAAAGCACACUAGGGAGCCUCUGCUUGGUCUUUCUGCUGAUGUCGAGCCAAAGCCCAAGCGUACACGUGGCACAUUGAACUCCUUGAUGCCUAAGAAUGACCGUUUACGAGGUGUUGACACGGCUAAGAGUACAAGCCGGGUUCAUGCUGCUGCCGGCAGUUCUGGCAUUUCUCGAUCCUCCUCUCAGACUGGCCAAUCCGCCUCUCAGCCUGCUCUCGGGCAGCCUGCACUGCGUCCCGGCCAUGCAAAGGCACUGGGUCCUCGUCAGUUUGGUGUCAUCGACGAGAGUACACAUCUCAUGCAAGACCUUGACGGUGAUGUGAUGGCUGGCUUUACGGGCCUGCCAGAACCUGUUCCAAAUGUUGAGGAUGGAUACGAGACAAGCGAGAAGAGCCAGGCCGCACAAAACACUAAUGUCGAGCAAUUGCGUGAAUUCGCAAAGGAUAAUGGGUUCACUGCCGCCCGCUACAGCCACUGCGUGAUCGAGCGCUAUGGUCCUCCCCCUCCGGACCUUGUGUGCAACGAGUGCGGCUCUAAGGGUACAGCAUUCUGGAGACACAUGUUUAAUCCCUACCACCGUGUCAGAUACCUCGUUGGCACACGCUACAUGGACGCGUCGCUUCGUGACGCAGGAGUCUUCAUCCAGCUCUGUCCCAUGGCCUGUGGCGAAGACAUGUGUCCAGGUUAUGGUCCUGGCGAGUUCGCACUGCCGAGCGACUUUGACGCCCAAGUUCCACCAAACUAUGAUGUUCUGGACGCAAGCGAUGAUACAGCUAUGGAUGCAGAGCCCGAUCCCACAACCCAUACAGACAGCUCAGCUGAUGACCCCGAGAGCCCCGCCGUGGCUACGUUCAUGUCUGAGGACCCCGACAAUGACCUGCUGCCCAGUGACGCUCGAGAGCCUGAUGCGGACGAGGGUGACGCGGAUGGGCGUCAGAACAGCGGUGAAGAUGGGGCGUUUGAUGGUACCGAUGGGCUUGGAGAUGGGAAAGACAGAGCAAGAGGACGUCAGGCGCGUAUUCGCAAGGAUCCCCGUGGGCUUCCCGUCAUGGUCAUCGUGGACAAGACGUCGAUCCAUCAACUGGGUAUUUGUUAG